AUGUCUGGUCGUGGAAAAGGUGGCAAGUCGAAGGCUACUGGCAAGAGCAAAACCCGUUCAUCACGUGCCGGUCUUCAGUUCCCGGUUGGUCGUAUUCAUCGCCUGCUGCGGAAAGGCAAUUAUGCGGAACGAGUCGGCGCCGGAGCGCCAGUCUAUUUGGCUGCGGUUUUGGAGUAUUUAACGGCCGAAGUGCUCGAGCUGGCCGGCAAUGCGGCACGUGACAACAAGAAGACCCGCAUCAAUCCGAGACAUUUGCAGUUG